AUAAUAAUGCCAAAAAAAGAACAUUACACAACUAACAAAAGAAAGAUUAGGAAUGAGUAUGACAAUAAAAUAAUACAAUAAUAAUCAAAAUUGAAGAAAAGAAAAUGCUAAAUACUACCAAUAAGAAAGAAGGUCAAAUUGUAUGUAUAUAAUACAACCUUAGACUCCCAUUUUAUUCCAUUUGUCACUAAAUAUUCAAGAAUAGUUAUGUCCAUUCUUUAAAUCUUCAUUCAAAGUUCAUUUUUUUCCUUCUUUAUAACAAACAAGAAACAUAUUCUAUCUUUGUGUGGGAAAAGUAUAAAUAAUUUUCACCACAAGAAUAUGUUUGAUCAAGAACAAGAUCCUAUCUCUUAAAUUUUUGAACGGAAUCGAACCCCAUUCUUAAUUCCACAUUAAUUGUCUAUAUUAGCUAGUAGUAAAUUGUGGUCAUUUUAUAAAAGAAAAAGGGUCAUUUUUGCAAAGAAAUAUGGCUAUGAAGAAGUUCAAACCUCAUAUUCUUAUGAUUUUAGUACAAAUUUGCUACACUUUACUUUAUUUCAUUACUGAAGCUUCAUUCAGCCAUGGGAUGAACCCUCAUGUCUACGUAACUUAUCGAAACAUUGUAGGAGGUCUAGUUAUGUUACCGUUCGCGUAUUUUAUCGAAAGAAAAAAGAGAACAAAGUUAACUAUGGCUUUGCUAUUGGAGUUCUUUGUACUUUCUCUAAUGGGAGUGAGUUUAACAUUAAACAUGUACUUUGUGAGCUUCAAUUUCAUUUCUCCAACAUUUAUAGCUUCUAUGCUCAACACUAUUGCUGCACUCACCUUUGUAUUGGCAAUAAUCCUCAGGUUGGAAAUAGUUAAUUUUGAAGACCCUAGAGGAAUAGCAAAAAUCAUAGGAACACUUGUUUCUUUGGCUGGAGUUAUGAUUAUGACAUUGUACAAAGGAGCAAUUUUGAAGAAUUUAUGGCAUCCUCUCAUAUAUAUUCAUAAAGGAAACAAUGUUAUCAAGGAAGAUUGGGUCAAGGGCUCAAUUUUGACUGUUGCUAGUUGCAUUACAUGGGCCAUAUGGUACAUCAUGCAGGCUUACACAUUGAAAAGAUAUCCAGCACAAUUAUCACUAACAACAUGGAUGAGUUUUGUUGGAGCAGCACAAUCAGCUUUCUACACAGUCAUAGUACAACAUAAAAGAGCUGCUUGGACUAUUGGUUUCAACAUUGAUUUUUGGUCUACAAUAUAUGGGGGUAUAGUUAUUUCUGGUUUGGUGGGCUAUAUUCAAUUGUGGUGCACAGAGGAAAAGGGACCUGUUUUUGUGACUAUGUUCAAUCCACUAUCAACUAUAUUAGUGGCACUUCUAUCAUACUUUGUGUUUGGGGAAAAGCUAUAUAUGGGCAGAAUCAUAGGAGCAAUAAUUGUCAUUGUUGGUCUUUAUUUGCUCUUGUGGGGAAAAGAAGAUCCAAAAUCAGAGAGAAAGGAUGAAGAAAAAUGCUGCACAACAAAAAAAGAAUUACAUCAUGAAGACAAUAUGAUGCAGAAAUUCACAUCAGAUGCUAAUCCCAAGGAUACUAUAAAACCAAAACAAUAAAAAAUAAAAGAAAAAAAUUCAUAUAACGUAAACACGCGAUUCUAAUCUGAAUUAGUCGGACCAGUAAUUUUGAAGUAUCACUUAGAAAAUUUGUUUUUGCAGUCUGUUACAAAUAACAUGUUAUUUGAUUGUAUAAUCGUUUUCAUAAGAGAACAUUAAAGAAAAUCCUUAAAAGAUCAUACUCUUCUAUACAUAAAAAAAUGUACCGUCCUUACUUGAUAAUAGAAGGAUUUGAAAGAAA